UUACAAGCUUUUCGAUUGGAGCAGUCAUGUCCAAACAGCACCUCUUCCUAGCAGCCUUCCUCCUCCUUCUCCUCCAACUUCCACCAACAUCUCCCAGCCCCUGCCAAAUAUUCCACAGAUCCAUCUGCAUGAAGCAGGACAGCUUUGUGCCCGGCCACAGCUUCAUUGGCGAGGGGGUGGACAUCACCUCUCUGGAGAGAAAGGGAGCGUAUGUGGUGGACACCAGCCGAUGGCAGGGCCCCAACGGGACAUGCAUCCUCUGCCGGAAUCCCUUGAUGAAGGGGAAGCUGCAGAAACUCCCCUUGGCUGGCGUGGACUGGCGAGUACUUCAUACGUGUCAUCAGGAUGUCAGCAGUUCCAUUGAGAAUUUGGAUGUGGAUGUCGCAAAUUCAAUGGCCAAGGAGGUGAAGAACGACUGGAAAGCAGAGCUGGGGUUCGGCACAGUGCUGAGCAAAGCAGGGCUGGAGCUGCCUAAAAUGCGGGUGGCCUUUGCUGGAUCUCACUCCCGGAUGGCAAUUUACGCACAUGAGAAAUCCCACCAGGACAGCCAUAUUUUUGUGAGGCAAGAGGUCUCCUGUGCAUACUACAGGCUGAGACUCCGCCAUAGACGCUCACUCCUAGCCUCCCAUUUCUCCCGCGCUCUGGCCAGUCUGCCAAGGAGGAAUAACUCUGAGGAAUACCAGCAUUUUAUCAAUGUCUAUGGCACCCACUACAUCAGCAAUGUGCAGGUGGGCGGGCGAUUGCGCCACCUGCUGGCUGUGCAGACAUGCAAGAUGGCCCUGUGGGGGAUUACCGCUUCCAGCUUUGAGAGCUGUUUGGGCUGGGAGGUUUCUCUGGGACACAAGUGGUUAUUUGGGUCUGCUUCCCUGAGUUCUAAGUGUGAAGAUCUCCGGAGGACUUACACUCGUGGAAUCUUCCAUGAUGCUUAUGCCAAGCAGCGCACUGAAAUUGUGGGAGGAGAGAAGCGUGCAGAGAUUCUCUUCUCUAAACCUGGAGAAGCCCAGAACUUCUCCGCAUGGAUGGAGAGUGCAAAAACAAAGCCUGGGUUGGUUUCCUAUUCUCUCCUACCCUUGCACACCUUGUUGAACCAAAGGGACCCAAGGAGGGAUUUGCUGAAGCAAUCCAUCGUGAACUAUAUAAACCAGAGGGCCCUGAAGAGGAACUGUUCACAGCCGUGUCCACGCUGGAGCUCUCAGAGCUCAGAUGAGGAAUGCACCUGCCGCUGUCAUCACGGCAGCUUCCACAGCAGUAUGUGUUGUGCCUGGGAGCGGGGCAGAGCACACCUCAAAUUUAUUGUGCACAGAGGAUACAACCUUAGGGGUAACUGGUUAGGUAUCACUGAUGGUUAUGUCAAAAUUUUCUUCCACGGUCAGGAAAGGAGGACAAUCGUCAUCCCACAUAACAAUAACCCCUGGUGGACUGAACCUAUCGAUUUUGGGGCUGUCACACUGUCAGGCCACGACGUCUUUGAAAUUCAGCUCUGGAACAAAAACCUCUGGGGCGAUCGUAUUUUAGGCCACUGUGGCCAUAGCCUGCAGGCUGGAGCUGGUACUGUCUGGCACAAAUGUCCUGCGACACAUGGGCACUUUGAUUAUUAUUACACGCUGGUUUGUGGUCAUACAUUGAGUGGCCCUUCCUGUCAUAAUUACGUCCCCUUACGGCUGCCCACUUCUUAUUUCAAUUAGUUCCCUCCCCAACCAUCCUUUUCCAUAUGUUUCAGGACCUUAUGCUGAAGAAGUAGGCAGGUUCAUUAAAAAAUCAGCCAAAGUUACUUAACAGCUACCCUAUCUGCAUUUAAUAGCAACUUACUGCAAUCAGUGGUGAAGAUGAACAACAGUAAAUAUGUGUAUAAUUUUGUUUUGUUUUACACUUUAAAAUACUCAUUUUACAUUCUUAAGAUAUCAAUGACUUCCCUUCUUUUCUUUCCAUGGUUCAUUUUACAGAUAAUAAAUCCCUGCAUAUUUUACAAAAACUAUACCAUUAUUAAAGGGACGCGGGUGGCGCUGUGGGUAAAAUCACAGUGCCUAGGACUUGCCGAUUGUAUGGUCGGCGGUUCGAAUCCCCGCGGCGGCGUGAGCUCCCAUCUUUCGGUCCCAGCUCCUGCCCACCUAGCAGUUCGAAAGCACCCUUAAAGUGCAAGUAGAUAAAUAGGUACCACUUUAUAGCGGGAAGGUAAACAGCGUUCCAUGUGCUGCGCUGGUGCAGGAUCGCCAGAGCAGCGAUGUCACACUGGCCAUGUGACCCGGAAGUGUCUGCGGAUGGCGCCGGCUCCCGGCCUAUAGAGCGAGAUGAGCGCGCAACUCCAGAGUCGGUCACGACUGGCCCGUACGGGCAGGAGUACCUUUACUUUACCUUAUACCAUUAUUGCAUCCAUCAAACCUUGUUUACACUGUUGAAUUUGUCUUAAUGCUGCCAGCAUUUUCAGCUGUACACAAUUAUUUUCCAUAUAUUCAAUAAACG